AUGAUUUCUUAUGAGCUUUUACCUCAUGAGUAUUCCUAUGCUCUCUACCUCUCUUAUGCAUAUGACCUUCAUCCCUAUGAUUCCAUGAUUCUUAACAUGGUAUCAGAGCGAUACCCGAGGGAUGAAGAUGAUUGUGCUUCCGCUUACGAUUCUGAAAGUUGUGAAGAAGAUGAAUCUGCUGUUGUUGAAAUUCUCAGCAAUUUUCCUCAAGAUCCGGAAUCUUCAACUUCACAAGGUUCAAUCCUUUUUGGUAGCUUCGCAAGUCCAAUCAUUCCGGUUUCUAUUCCUUCGAUUGCAUCAGAUUUUGAUGGUUUCUCCAUCAAGAUUGGGGAGAUUACUUGUUUUCUUGGUUAUUCUUGUUGCAGUGAUGUCGAUUACACCAUCACCGCUUCGGAAGAAGACGAGAAACCGAAGAAUCUUGAAACCGAAUUUGUUUCUUAUGAAGUUAGCAUGACAUUGCUGAAUCAAUCAUGUGUCAAAGCGUUCUCUUCUCCGAUCAAGAUUAAGCGUCAACACGACGGUAACGUCCGAUUCUCGCAGGAUCAAGAUCAGGAUAGCAAGAAAGGUGAGCCGUUUUCUGAUUUGCUAUUGUGUUCGUCAGAGAGCAUCAUUUUUGUUUCUCACCAUCAUGCUUUAGGCAUCACAGUUUUUGAUCCCGGUGGAUUCAUCUUAGUGAUUUACCGUUCCAAUAUUAUGCUCGCUGUCGUGUCCCUUUUCGAUUCAAUCUCACUUUUUCCCUUCGAUCCUGGCGGAAUUUUCCUAUGUCAUCUCUGUUUUCCAAACUCAUACCACGAAUUCUCUUACUAUGAGUUUGAGGGGGGAUAUUACAAUAUAGAGGUCAGUUCUGCAACAUAUGAUUCAAGUUUUGGUUAUGCAACAUUAUUCAAGAUUGAUUGA